GUUCAAUAAAGCGGCAACUCUGGUGGCCCUGAGUAACCCCAGCCACAACAACAACACCGGCUCUUACAAACAAAGAAAUAUGGCAGAAGCAGCAGCUAAAGGAGACCCCUCACCACCAACAAAGAAAAUGCGAACAGAUGACUCCAGUAAUGCAGUAGACAGUACCACUGACAAGAGUUGCGAGCAGGUAGAGGCCACCAGUGGAGAGGAUGAGCUCUUCUCCUCUUUUGAAGAGUUUGAGAUUAUUCGUAUCCUGAAUAACAGUGAAGAGCACAAGAUGUUGGCUGUAGAAGGGCGUCUUCAAGGCAGACCAGGUACUGCUGUUGUCGUGCUUCAGAAACUUCCUUUCAAUGCAGACAAAAUUGAAGAGAUCUUCUCUAGAUCUACUAAUUUAUUGGAAAUAUUCCACAAUGAUAUUUAUUACAACAAGACAGCAUUGUUGCCAUCUGAACUCAAUGAUGUCAGAGCCAACAUUAUCUACCCUGCAGAAGAGAAGCACAUUCUUCGCUUUGAGAGACAGUCAUGCUCAUUUGUGGAUGAGACUCCACAGUUGUACAAGGAGAUUACUAAACCUUUCAUAGACUCAUCAUCUUUCAGUAAAGAGUGGAUAUACAAUAUCCUUGAACAUAAAAAGGAAGCAGACCGCAUCAUUUUUGAGGAUCCAGAUGCUGAAACAGGCUUCAUACUUGUACCAGAUUUGAAGUGGACUGGGGAACAAUUGGAAGACCUUUACCUCCAGGGUAUUGUGUGUCGUCGAGACAUAACAAGCUUACGUGACUUGCGAGGAUGUCACAUUCCCCUGCUCAAAAAUAUGCAUGAUAAAGGCAGGGCAGCAAUCAAGGAGAAGUAUGGUGUUCCAGCUCACAAGCUGCGUGUGUAUCUGCAUUACCAACCUUCAUUCUAUCACCUUCAUGUUCACUAUACAGCCAUCUCAUUUGAAGCUCCAGGAACAUGGGCAGGCAAGGCUCACCUCUUGUCCACUGUCAUUAGCAACCUGGAGAUCUGUGGGCAAUAUUAUGAGAAAGCUGUGUUACCUUUCACUGUGAAAGACAACCACCCAUUAAGAAGCAAAUUUGAAGAGAAAGGUUAUUUCUCUUCAUAAAUCAUUACAUGAGCACAUUCAUUUAAGCUAUAUUUUUAUAUUAUUUUAGUAAGAGAAAAGCAUAAGGUCUUAGAAGAUUUUGGUAAUUUUUCCAGUAAAUAAUGCUGUCUAUUGAAGUUCAUGUGAAAUUUAUAAUUUUUU